UUUCUGUUCUGCAGCCUCCACCGCGGUAAGUGUGUCUCCGAAGGUCUGCGGCUGCGCACUAAAGGAUUCGACCCUCAAACCCGGAUGUAACCAACGCCUAACCUGUCCGAAGAAAAACGAUGCAGACUAUAAAAUGUGUAGUUGUAGGGGAUGGAGCAGUAGGAAAGACCUGCUUACUGAUCUCCUACACAACUAACAAGUUCCCUUCAGAAUAUGUGCCUACGGUUUUUGAUAAUUAUGCAGUGACUGUGAUGAUUGGGGGUGAGCCCUACACCCUCGGCCUAUUUGACACAGCAGGUCAGGAGGAUUAUGACCGGCUGCGUCCUCUCAGCUAUCCACAGACCGAUGUGUUCCUCGUAUGUUUCUCUGUCGUCUCUCCGUCAUCGUUUGAAAAUGUCAAGGAGAAGUGGGUUCCUGAGAUUUCUCACCACUGCCCCCGCACACCCUUCCUGUUAGUGGGAACACAGAUGGAUCUCCGGGAAGACAGCAACACAAUGGAGAAGCUGGCGAAGAACAAACAGCGCCCCCUAUAUCCAGAGAGCGGAGAGAAGCUGGCUCGGGAGCUGAAGGCCGUCAAAUACGUGGAGUGCUCUGCCCUGACACAGCGUGGACUUAAGAACGUGUUUGACGAGGCCAUCCUGGCGGCACUGGAGCCUCCGGAGACAAAAACCAAAAGAAAGUGUGUCCUGCUAUAAAAGAGCAACCUUAACGGCAGAUGUAACAGUGUAGUGGUUGGGGUGAAUCAGAACUUGAGAAAGAUCAAUGGCUGUUAUGAAACAAGGACAAACUAAAAGGGGAAGAGAGGUGAAAUGCCAUUGAGACUUAUUCUAAAACACGUGUACAUUGAUUGUGCCUUCAAAAUAAAACUUUGAAGGAGAAUGGAGGAGAAAAAACUUCAGCACGCAGUGUCACCUCCAUCUCCUUUUCUGAAAGCUUUUAGAAAUAACAGUGUUCUCUCUACAAAUAUUCAGGUGGGGCGGGCCCCCCCUGCCUGUCACUGUUGCUCCUUUUCUUUUAAAGACAGAUUAUUUUAUAUCGUUAAUGCUUUGACCUCCACUGUGUUUUACUCAUUUUGGCCUAGUUGUUCUUUAAAUUCCAGUGGGGAAACACUUUUAACAUCAAGUAUUUUGGUGAACUUUGAUUAAUUCAAACAAAGGGGCAACUUAAUUUUAGGUAGUACUCUAUUUCCUUUCUCUUCUGAACAUUUUGGAAUGAAUAAUGAAAGUACAAGAGAUGUAUUGUCAUUCAUUGGGGUCACAAAGGUUACUGUCUUCCAAAUCUCAGACUAAGGCCAAGUGCAUGUUCACCAAUUUCCUUUCAGUGGAAUUAUGAAUUUCUAUUUCAUUGUCAUUUUAUGUAUAUUGUAUUCAUUUUGUGACUCUGUUUUAGGAAAACAUUCAUUUGCUUCAUUAUGACACUUGAGUUGUUACUUUAUCAAGAUCUUUUUGUUUUUUUAUUGCUAGACUACACACUUUGAGGGAUUGAUAAUGUAACAAAUGAGUGGUCUUUGUUCUUGAUACAGAUUGAGAUGCUAACCGUUGCUAGUAAAUUUCUGGGUGUUUGUAAUCACAAGAUAUUUUUAAUAAAACGGUUUAAUGACA